AUGAACAAUAACAGUUGGCUUCAGAGGCUGCUAGGUGGGACAAGCGCAACCCCGAUAUCUCCUCUUUCUGCGGAUAACAAUAAUAACGACUUGGGAGCAACACGGCAACAGCUUGAUUCGUUCUUGGCGAAUUCAAUAACUCAGUUGGAUGUGCGGCAACGGGAGUCUAUUCUUGAAGAUUUACAUGGAAUACGUAACAGUGAAAAUCCAGAGAACAAUCCUGCUUCAGUUGAUCUGUGGUUGCAACUUCUUGAUAUGCACCUUCAGAAUAUCAAAAGAGGGACCGUUUAUGAGACUGCUGAAGCUAUUGACCGAGUCUAUGUAACAAGUAGAAAGUUUCGGAUGAUGUUCCUCCGUGCCAACCGGUAUGAUUCCCAGGCUGCAGCAAUUCAAAUAAUUAAAUUUUUGGAACUCAAGAGGUCACUGUUUGGCCAGGAAAAACUGGCAAAGAAGAUAACAUUGGCUGAUUUGGAUGAGGACGACAAAGCCAAACUCCAAUCGGGGACUCUACAAAUAUCGUCGAAACAGGAUAGAGCUGGGAGAGGUGUUUUUCUCAUGUUUCCGUCUCUUCGAAGCAAUGGGACCGAAUACCAACUCCAAACCUCUCUCAGAGCGCGAUACUACAUGGUCAUGAAUAUGCUGGAAUCUGAGGAGAAUCAAAGGAAUGGAAUAGUAAUGGUUUACUUUGGUGCUUUGUCACAGCCUACUCAGCGCGAAUCCAACUCUGGCCUUCUUUGGGAUCUACCGUUUCGAUUGGUAGGCGUUCAUUGCUGUUUCAACAGCCUGGCAGCCUAUCUUUUCAUUAGCGUUGCAAUUCUUCGCCUACCGUUCGCAAUAAGACCACGCAUGAGAGUACACUACGGUUCUUGUGCUGAUUGUCUCUACAAGUUGGCAUCGUUUGGCAUUCCCAAAGAAGCCGUUCUCAAUGAAUCCGACGAACCUAAUAUGAUCGCUCAUAUGCAAUGGUAUCGUCGCAGACAAGAGCUGGAACUGACGUAUGUGAGCGACAGUGAUACCGACAUGCAAUUGCUCGCGUCAAGAGCAGGCGGUGCCAUCGUUCCUCGACCGAUGGAUGUUUUGUUUGGACCCGGAAGUAGGAAGAACGAAGGCAAUGUUCUGAUGAGAAAUCUUGCUCUCAAGGUACUUGCCGAAUACAACGACUCUACGAAUAGGGAUAAGAUGCAGCUCACGGAGACGAUAAUAGAUGACAUCACGAAAAAGGGCGGAAGGUUCUUGAAGCAGAAUGACGAUACGAAAGAGUGGGAAGAGGCCAGUCACAUUGAGGCUUGUAGGAAGAUUGCGCACACAUUUAGGAACAUUCGACGACCCAGCCGCGCAAAAAGCAAGUCAUAG